CUGAGUCCACAGCACAGUACAGCACCAUUCUUCUCUUCCAUUCUACUCAACGCAAAGUCCCUCGGGUACGUUUGCUUCCUUGCGUUGCGUUCGUCCCCCUCAUACUCCUCCUCUUCCCCCUGAUACUCUGCUCCGGCCAGAUCUCCUCCACACCGCCGACUAACACACUGCACACCUCCAUUUUCACAGAUCACAUCUCACUUUGCCUUGCUGCAAGAUCCAUGGCUCCCUCACAGGAAGUCACCGCCGCCACCAAGGAGCCGUCCACCAACGGCAACGGGACCAACGGAACCAACGGCACGGCCGCAGCCGCCCCGAAGACCAAGACGCCGGCCCUCAACGAGCGGAUCCUCUCCUCCAUCACGCGCCGCUCGGUCGCCGCGCACCCGUGGCACGACCUGGAGAUCGGCCCCGACGCGCCCACCAUCUUCAACUGCGUGAUCGAGAUCCCCAAGGGGAGCAAGGUCAAGUACGAGCUGGACAAGAAGACGGGGCUCAUCAAGGUGGACCGCGUGCUCUACUCCUCCGUCGUCUACCCGCACAACUACGGCUUCAUCCCGCGCACCCUCUGCGACGACUCCGACCCCAUCGACGUCCUCGUCAUCAUGCAGGAGCCCGUCGUCCCCGGGUGCUUCCUCCGGGCCAAGGCCAUCGGCCUCAUGCCCAUGAUCGACCAGGGCGAGGCCGACGACAAGAUCAUCGCCGUCUGCGCCGACGACCCCGAGUACCGCCACUUCAACGACAUCAAGGAGCUGCCCCCGCACCGCCUCGCCGAGAUCAGAAGAUUCUUCGAGGACUACAAGAAGAACGAGAACAAGGAGGUGGCCGUCAACGACUUCCUGCCGUCAGAGGACGCCUACGAGGCCAUCCAGCACUCCAUGGAUCUAUAUGCUACUUACAUUGUGGAGGGCCUGAGAAGGUAGGAGGAGGAUGGUGCCUGAUGGAUGGUGAUCUGGUGCCGCCUUGCCACUUGCUGCACCAACGAUGUCGACGAGAAUAUUAUGCCUCAUAAACAUACAUACAAUACAUUCUUGUUUUGUUACAUACAUACAUCAAUGGAGCUACACCUCAUCUAAAACAGGGAUCAAGUCAGUAGUAGCCAGACAAAGAAGUCACUCCUUUUCCAUCCAGCUUAUGUAAUACGUUUUCCUGGCUGAAUAUGAGAUGCUGGCAUUACUGUAUUUUUUCCCCCA